AUGGCAAUCGGAAAGUCAUCGCCCGUCGCUGUCGUCGGAGGCGGCGCAUGGGGUCUUUCCACCGCUCUGCACCUCGUCGAGUCCGGAUAUACAAACGUGACAGUAUUUGAUCGAUCCCACAGCGUUCCGUCGCCGUAUUCAGCGGCAAAUGAUCUCAACAAGAUUAUCAGGGCCGAGUAUGAGGAUCCAUUCUACACCACCCUGACCUUGGAGGCAAUUGAGAGGUGGAAGACGCCUCUGUUUGGCCCGAAUCUCCACCAGACCGGAUACAUCAACUGCACGUCGGGUCGGGCUCCUCAAAGAUCGGUCGACACCCUUGCAAAGAACUUUGCGUCCGCCUCAUGCUUGCCAACCUUUGCCAACGAGAUACGGAUCCUUCGCGAGAAGAAAGACUUCAACAACGUUGCCUGGCAGCUGACGGGCGAGCUCACUGGGUUCAACGGCUACUUUAACCGCCUUGCGGGUUACGCCCACUCCGGCAACACCCUGGCCCGUGUGCAGGCGUUCUGCGCGUCGAAGGGUGUGCGGUUUCUCCUCGGCGAGAGAGUCGGCAAAGUCGAGGCCUUCAUAUACAACGUGUGCGGCCGCUGCACUGGAGUCCGCACAGCCGACGGGAGCACCCAUGAUGCCGUCGUAACCAUUUGCGCACUAGGAGCUAAUGCUGCAACUCUGGUACCGAGCAUUGGGAAGUUUGCGAUCGCUUGA